AUGAAGGCUAAUCGGUGGGGAGAGAUGCUUCCUCUACCCGGCUUCUCUUUUCUUUUCCAUUUCAUUUUAUUCUUCCUCCUCCUCUUCCUCCUCUGUUUCCACUCAACCCGUGCUCAGUUCCUGUCUGAACCCCGGGCAGGACAAGGCCUGCUGCUCUUCACCCAGCCGGCCUAUAACGCCUCCAUCUUCGAGAACUCUGCCACUCGAACCUAUACCAGAAGUGAGGUCAAAAUGGGCAUUAUUCUUGCUCCGCCUCGCUCUUUAGACAUUAAAUAUUCUGUUGCGUCUGGAGACAAUGAGGGAAUCUUCCAGGCUGAGGCGUUUAUAAUGGGAGAUUUUUGUUUCCUCCGUGUUCGCACCAACGGAGGCAGUGGUGCCACAUUGAAUCGGGAAGUACAGGACAAUUACACACUGACGGUUAAGGCAUCUGCUCAAGGAGGCCUGGAAGCCUUAGCCACUAUUUAUAUCAAGGUCUUGGAUACCAAUGAUCUCCGACCUCUCUUCUCCCCGACCUCUUAUUCAUUUGUUGUCCCUGAGACUGCCCCUCUGGGUGCCAGCAUCGGACGUGUGACGGCCACAGACGCCGAUGUGGGCUCCAACGGGGAGUUCUACUACUUCUUCAGGAAUAAAGUGGAACUCUUUGCUGUUCAUCCGACCAGUGGGGUCGUCACCCUGACCGUCCAGCCCCGGGUGGACAAAGAAGAACGAUUUGAGCUGGAGGUGCAGGUUGUCGACAGAGGGAUGAAGCUCUAUGGGAACAAUGGUAUCAGCAGCACUGCUCGGCUCAUCCUAGUUGUACAGAGGGUUAAUGAAUUUAAUCCUGUUCUCAGUGCAGUUGCUGUUGUUCCAUCAUGGACGGACAAGGACCCUGUCUAUGCCGUCGUGACUGUGGAAGAUAAAGACGAGGGGGUAUCUGGAGAAAUUGAGUGGGUUUCCAUCAUUGAGGGUGACCCCCUCGAACAGUUUGUAGUUGAUAGAUCGCCUGCUGGGAAUGAGUAUAGGGUGAGAACAUCAGAAAUCUUUGACUGGGACACAUUCCCGUAUGGCUGCAACAUAACAUUCCAGGCUAAAGACAGGGGUAUACCGCCAAAGUUUUCUAAUACCCAAGUUGUUCAAUUGUUGGUAACAAAGCCAGACCCAGUUCUGGGGAAUUUCGAGAAAGAUGUUUAUGUAGUCAAGCUGAGUGAAGUAGCUCCUCCAGGCACUAUUGUGGAGGUGGUGAAAAUCUCCCCAGCUUCUCUGAGUGUCAAUUACAGCUUCAGCGGCCUCUCAGAUCCAACCUACUUUGAUAUGAACCCUUUGACUGGAGUUAUUAUGACCACAAGGCAUUUGACGAGAAUAUCGCAGGAUUGCAUGGAGAUGGAUGUAGUUGAUACUAUCAGUCAGAGGCGAGCGAGGGUCAAAAUCACCAUUGAGGAUGCAAAUGACAACUCCCCAGUGUUCAAUAGGCCGUUUUAUGAUGUUGCAAUCAACGAGAGUUUACCUGUAGGCACAGUAGUGCUUGUAGUGUCUGCGGUGGAUAAUGAUAAAGGAGAGAAUGGAUUUGUAACCCAUACAAUCAGUGGCCAACAGUCACUUCCAUUUGUUAUAGACCAAGACUCAGGGCAGGUCAGGAUCACAAGAGACCUGGACUUUGAGUCAUCAGAUGAUAUCUAUAUUUUUGCAGUGCGGGCAUCUGACUGGGGCUCACCCUACAGAAGGGAGACUGAAGUAAAUGUCACCAUUCGUCUGAUAAAUAUCAAUGACAACCAGCCUCUUUUUGAGAUGGUUUCUUGCAGGGGGAUGAUAAGCCGUGAUUUCCCUAUAAGUGAGACUAUUGUCACCUUGUCAGCUGUAGACAUGGACGAGCUUGGAAUGGUGAAGUAUAAAAUCCUGUCUGGGAACGAGUUAGAUUAUUUUGAUUUAAAUCCGGACUCGGGAGCUUUGUCGCUGAAAAGGUCAUUAGAAGUAGACAAUUUAAAGAAUGGGAUAUUCAACCUUAAAUUGGUUGCAACAGAUGGAGAAUUGUUCUCCGAUCCUACAUUUGUAAAUGUAUCUGUGGCGAGGGGCAGGAUGCCACCCAGGGGCUUCAACUGCAGAGAGACCAGGGUAGCUCAGCUGUUGGCAGAAAAAAUGCUGUCAAAAGCGUCUGCCAUGGCGAGACCAAGACCUGACGUCAUAAACACAGACCUUUCCUUUAUGAACAAACAGGCUCCACAGUUCGAGGCCUUGCCCACGAGUAUUCUAGUGAGAGAAGACCUUGCCUCUGGCGCCAGCGUAUUUCAGGUGCGAGCACGAGAUGGUGACGCAGGCUUCAAUGGCUGCGUCCUCUUUUCCAUAUCUGAUGGUAACAAAGAAAACUGCUUCAAUAUCAGCAUGGACACCGGGUUGAUAACUGUGCUGCAGCCACUUGAUCGCGAGCGAAUGGAUCGUUACUUCCUGAACAUCACCAUCUACGACCAGGGCAUCCCUCAGAUGUCCAGUUGGAGACUGCUCACCGUGAUCAUCGAGGAUGCAAAUGACAACGACCCCCAGUUUUACCAGGACAGCUUCUCGGCUCUUGUAUCUGAAAACACUGCUGUCGGCUCGCAAGUUAUUACUGUCACCGCGUUCGACAGAGACACUGGUCAAAAUGGACAGCUCUCCUACUUAAUGCUGACCUCAGUCCCUCAGUUCGGAAUCGACAGUGAAACCGGAAGUGUGUUUGUGGCGAGCUACUUGGACAGAGAAGCAGUUCCAAUGUUCAUAUUGAAGAUUGAAGUGAGAGACAGGGCUGAGAGAGGCACUCGACGGUCGUCAGUGACAACUCUGAGUGUCAUACUGGAGGACGUCAAUGAUUGCGCUCCAGCUUUCGUCCCCAGCAGCUACACUGCUCGAGUGCUAGAGGACCUCCCACCGGGGGCAGUGAUUACCUGGGUGCAGGCUCAGGAUCCAGACAUGGGCCCCGGUGGACAAGUCCGCUACUCCUUGAUUAAUGACUUCAAUGGCACUUUUGAGAUCAAUGUCGUUAGUGGGGUCCUGAGGAUUUCCAAGGAGCUGGACUAUGAGAAACAACAGUUUUUCAAUCUGACAGUUCUCGCUGAGGACAGGGGCAUACCUAGCCUCAGAAGUCAGACCUUUGUGGAGGUGGAGGUGGUGGAUGUCAAUGAGAAUCUGUACGCACCCUACUUCCUCGACUUUGCCGUGCGAGGCUCGAUAAAGGAGAACUCUCGUGCCGGCACCAGUGUCCUGGCAGUGAGCGCUAAGGACGAGGACAGGGGACGCGAUGGUGUAUUGAGGUACUCCGUCAAAGGAGGCAGCGGACUCGGCACUUUCACCAUUGACGAAGACACAGGCGUGAUUUACACCGCCGGUAUCCUGGACUGUGAAAUCAAAGACUCCUAUUGGCUGACGGUCUUCGCCACGGACAAGGGGGUCACACCCCUGUCAGCUUCCAUAGAAGUCUUCAUCCAGGUAGAAGACGUCAAUGACAACGCUCCCCUCACCUCGGAUCCCAUCUACCACCCGGUCGUGAUGGAGAACUCUCCAAAGGACGUGUCCGUCAUCCGCAUCCAGGCGCAGGAUCCCGACCUCACCGCCACGCCGAGUCGCCUGAGUUAUCGCAUCACUGCCGGCAACCCGCAGAACUUCUUCUCUAUCAACCCCAAAACAGGGCUCAUCACGACGACGGCGAGGAAGCUGGACAGAGAACAACAGGCGGAGCACUUUUUAGAGGUAACGGUGAUAGACGGACCCGUGACCACCCGCCAGUCCACCGUGUGGGUCAUCGUUCACAUCGAGGACCAGAACGACAACCCGCCCACCUUCCCGGAGGUCACCUACCGCAUCAGCUUGCCAGAGCGAGACCGCAACAAGCGCGGUGAGCCGGUGUACCGCGUCUUUGCCUACGACCGCGACUUGGGACCAAAUGGCAACAUCACGUACAGCAUCGUGGACGGUAACGAGGACGAGAGGUUCGGAAUCGACCCCAGGACAGCGAUGGUGUCGUCAAAGAAGGUGGUGAUGGCCGGAAGCUACGAUAUCCUCACCAUAAAAGCGGAGGACAGUGGGGAUUCUCCGUUAUGGUCGACUGUCAAACUCCACGUGGAAUGGAUACGCAAACCCGUCCCCUCGCCCCUGCCCCUGGUGUUCACCCAGAGGUACUACAACUUCUCGAUUUCGGAGUCGGCUGCCGUGGCUCAGCCGGUGGGCGUCGUCGCUGUCAGCCAGUCGAGCACGCCUGUCUGGUUCAAUAUCGUGGGUGGACGUCUAGCCAGAGAAAUGUUCUACAUUCCACAGAACGCCUGUGGAAGGAACUGCUCACUCGACACAGGGAGCUUUGACAUGCAGUAUGACCUUCAGGUCGGUGUGGGCACUCUAGUUGUGGCCAAGCCCCUGGAUGCAGAGGCGCAGGCUGUCUACAACAUGACCAUUCAGGUGACGGAUGGAACCAACUUUGCAACAGCGCAGGUGUUCAUCCGGAUACAAGACAGCAACGACAACCCUCCGGUCUUCUCGCAGGCGACCUACGAUGUCAGCGUCUCGGAGGACGUGCCGGUUGACAUGGAGCUGCUGCGUGUUCGGGCGACAGAUGUGGACGAGCGCGCCCGUUUGAGCUUCACCAUCUACGGCAGCGUGGACCCCGCCAGCAUGAGGCUGUUCAGGGUCAACCCCGGCACCGGAGUGGUCUACACGGCGGACAGGCUGGACUACGAGGCCAGAACGCAGCACAUCCUCACUAUCAUGGUCAAGGAUCAGGAAUUUCCAUUUAACCGAGACCUGGCUCGUAUCCUGGUGGCGGUGGAGGACUCCAACGAUAACAUCCCGUACUUCACCAGCACCGUGUACGACGCUCUGGCCUACGAGUCGUCUCCCGUUGGAACGUCUGUGCUGCACGUGACGGCCUUAGACAAAGACAACGGGAUUAACGGGAAGCUGACGUACACCAUAGAAGCAGGUAACUCCGCCGGCGUGUUUGGCAUCGAUAACACCACGGGGCUCAUCUUCAUCACCAGGGACCUGGAUCUGACCUUCGUGGGCUUCUACACGCUCACUGUUCGGGUCACGGACAGCGGCUUUCCUCCGCUCAUGGCCACAGCUUCCGUCCGCAUCUCCAUGAUUCUCUCCGACUUUUCCAAACCUACCUUUUCUCAGAAGGAGUACCAGGCUGAGAUAAUGGAGAACAGCACCGUCGGGACGUACGUGACGACCGUCAGCGCCCUCAGCCGCUCGGCUCUCAUCUAUGACAUCAGCAGGGGGAACGAGGAGAGCUGCUUCUUCAUUAACCAACACACCGGUGUCAUCAGCACACGCAAACCACUUGACUUUGAGCAAACAACCUCCUACUUCCUGGCGGUGCAGGCUCUGAGCAUGGCUGGAGUGGAGGCCGGCACCUCUGUCAUCGUCCAGGUGGGCGACGUCAACGACAACCCGCCUGUCUUCCAGCAAAUCAGGUAUGUGGGUGAAAUCAGUGAGGCUGCUCCAGUCAACAGUGUGGUGCUGGGAGAGGAUGGGAACCCUCUGGUCAUCCGGGCGACCGACAGGGACCGGAACCACAACGCCCUGCUGGCGUUCCAGAUCAUAGACGACACCGCUCGCACCUUUUUCAGCGUGGAUUCUGGGACGGGAUCUAUUCGGACAAUCGCCAGCCUGGAUUAUGAGACAUUCUCUGAGUUCGUCUUCCGGGUUCAUGUCAGAGACGGUGGUCAGCCUCCUCAGACGGCUGACAGCCCAGCAGACGUGGUUAUAAAGGUGAUCAACAUCAACGACUCGCCUCCGAGGUUUUCCCAGGACACGUACGAGACAGUCCUCCUCCUGCCGACCUACAUGGGAGUCGAGGUGCUCAGGGUCGAGGCCUUUGACCCUGACACGACCUCGGACAAGUCAGUCACCCCCGUGCUGGUUUACUCUCUGGUGGACAACAACGUGGAGCACUUCACGGUGCAGCGCAACACUGGAGUGGUGACUGUCAUCAAUCCCAACCUCAAUAAGGAUCGUUACCGCUUUAAUGUGAAGGUAUGGGACGGACGUUUCUCCAGCACGGCGUCUCUGACUGUGGUCGUCAGAGAAGCGAUGGACAGCGGCCUCCUCUUCACACAACCGCUCUACUCCGCCUCCAUCGCAGAGAACGUGGCCAAUGUCACGGUGGUGACUGUGGUCAACACGGUCGGCCAGCGCCUCAACGAGCCGCUCAAGUACACUCUGCUGAACCCCGGCGGGCGCUUCAUCAUCCGGCCGACCUGCGGAGUGGUGCUCACCACCGGCGUGCGGUUUGACCGGGAGGAGAGGGAGAGUUACAAGCUGGUGGUGGAGGUCAACAGAGAGGACGAGAUACUGAGAGUGGCCAGGGUGACUGUACGAGUGCAGGUGGAGGAUGUGAACGACAACGCUCCAGAGUUUGUGAACCUCCCGUACUACGCAGCUGUGCAGGUGGAAGCAGAGCCAGGUUUGGCUAUCUUCAAGGCGUCGGCCAUUGACCAAGAUCUCGGCCGGAACAGAGAAGUGACUUACAGCCUGAAGGAGCAGCACGGGAACUUUCAGGUGAAUCCAGUGACAGGGGAGCUGAGCUUGAAAAGAGCCUUUGAGGUGGAUUUAUCCAACGCAGAGUACAAGCUGGUCCUCGUGGCCACUGACGGCGGCCUCCCUCCUCUGGCCAGUGAGGUGGAGCUGCCCGUGACCGUGGUAAAUAAAGCUAUGCCAGUGUUUGACAAGCCCUUCUAUGGCGUCACCGUCCGAGAGGAUGUGGCCGUCUCCACCUCCGUCCUGUGCAUCAACGCCACCAGCCCCGAAGGCCAGAACGUCAUCUUCAGCAUCACGGACAGAGACCCCUCGCUCCAGUUCGACAUCGGCUUCGACACGGGCGUCAUCGGCGUGGUUUACCCGUUGGACUACGAGACCACGCAGUAUUUCCGCAUAACGGUGAAGGCUACAGACACUCUGACCGGGGCCAAGUCUGAGGUGGACGUGGACAUCGUCGUGCUGGACGUCAACGAUAACCCGCCGCUGUUCCUGAACAACUCCUACUCCACUGUGCUUCCUGAGAACUCCAUGAUUGGAACCACAGUGUUACAGGUGUUUGCUCAGGAUCAGGACUCGGAGAAGAACGCUGCUGUGAGUUACCAGAUCGUAUCUGACAUCUACAACAGCAGCGACUACUUCCUCAUCGACAGCAGCAGCGGCCUGAUAUUCACGGCACGCCUGCUCGACUACGAGUUCGUCCAGCGCUACAACUUCAUCGUGAAGGCGACGGACAGCGGGGACCCGGCCCUCAGCAGCGACGUUAGCGUAACUGUGACAGUCACCGACACCAACGACAAUCCACCCAACUUCAGCCAAACGACGUACGAGGCCUUCGUCAGCGAGCUCGCUCCACGCGGACACUUUGUGACUUGUGUUCAGGCUUCAGACGCCGACAUCUGCGAUGCUCAAAGGCUGAGGUACAGCGUUGUCUCCGGCAACGAGAGGAUGACUUUUGUGAUGGAGGCAGAUACAGGAGUGCUCCGUCUGUCUAACAAGAGGAGACAAGGCAUGAAACUCUCGUACCAACUCAAUGUGUCCGUGUCAGAUGGAGUCUUCACCAACACUGCUCAGGUGGUUGUCCGUGUCCUGGGAGCGAACCUGUUCAGCCCAGUGUUCAGUCAGAGGUUCUACCUGGCUGAGGUCCAAGAGAAUGCCCCUCCUGGGUCAACAGUCAUUCAGGUUCGUGCAACAGACGAGGACUCUGGGCUGUUCGGACAGAUCACGUAUUCAUUUAUCAACGACCUCGGGAAAACUCAGUUCAACAUCGAUGCGGACGGAGAGAUCUCCACUCUGCAGAAGUUGGACAGAGAGAAUCCUCUGAACAAGGACAUGGUGCUGACCGUUAUGGCCCUGGACGGUGGAGGCCGUGCAUCAUUUUGCACAGUACGAGUUGUCCUCGCUGAUGAAAACGACAACGCCCCCCGCUUCAGAGCUGUGGAGUACCGCAUGAGCAUUAAAGCAAAUGUUGCCAAAGGGUCUCUGGUCACACAGAUCCAAGCUACAGACCUGGACGCUGGGCCUAACGGAAGGGUCACCUACUCCCUCUAUAGUGAAGCUCGUGUGUCGCUGGUCGAUGUGCUGGAGGUGGAGCCGGACAGCGGUUGGAUGAUGACUAAAAGCACCGUGGACCACCUCCAGGGGACGGUUCUGUCCUUCUUCGUCAAAGCCACAGACUGCGGCUCGCCACCCAAACACUCGCUGGUGUCGGCCUUCAUCCACGUCGUCCCUCCAGACGCCUUCGUGCCCUCCUUCAGCCAGCCACAGUACUCCUUCACCAUCCCCGAGGACACAGUGGUAGGGACGGUGCUGGGGUCCGUGUACAUGGGCCCCGGACAGACGGGCUUCUUCACUGUGGUCAAGGGGGAGACGCUGGACAGCAACCAGGGGGGGACGUUCCUCGUGGAGAGGGAGGCCGGUCUCAUCCGUCUGGUGAAGCCGCUGGACUACGAAGAGGUCAGCAUCUUCCGCUUCAAGGUGUCAGCGACAGCACGGAGGGACCUGAUCGAGUCCGUCACCACCGUGGACCUGGAGGUCAAGAUCCUGGAUGUGAAUGACAACAAGCCGGUGUUUGAGACAAACACUUAUGUAGCCACAGUGAUGGAGGGAAUGCCUGUCGGGACCAGAGUGGUUCAAGUGCGCGCCCUCGAUCCCGACUGGGGCUCCAACGGACAAGUGACCUACAGACUCGGGCCUCUCCUCUCCUACAACCUGGACUUGACGAAGGACGCUCGCUCCGUCAGCGGCCCCGUCACCACGAGCUCCGUCUUCGCCAUCGACAGUAAAACGGGCUGGAUCACCACAGUGACUCAGAUGGACCACGAGGCCUGCUCCAGCUACAGCUUCGAGGUGGUGGCGUCCGACUUGGGCGAGUCGAAGUCUCUCUCCUCCACCACGGUGGUGACCAUCACCGUGUCGGACGUCAACGACAACCCGCCGCGGUUCGAGAGGGAGCUCUACCGGGGAGCGGUGAAGGAGAGCGACCCCCUCGGCGAGGUGGUGGCCUCGCUGAAGACCAGAGAUCGAGACGGCACGGAUCAGAACCGCCAGGUCAACUUUUACAUCACAGGGGGGAACCCGCGGGGCGUGUUCGGCCUGGCCCCGGUGCAGGGGGAGUGGAAGGUUUAUGUGAGCGGCCUGCUGGACCGGGAGCUGCAGGACUGGUAUCUGCUCAACAUCACAGCCAGCGACGGCCUCUAUGUCGCUCGCACUGCAGUGGAAGUUACUGUAAUGGACGCCAACGACAACAGUCCCAUCUGCAACCAGGCGGUGUACAGCGCCUCGUUUCCUGAGGACAUUCCCACUAACAAGGGCAUUCUGACAGUGGGCGCCACGGAUGCUGACUCAGGCUCCAGUGCAGAGAUUCAAUAUUCCCUGUUUGGCAUCGGGGUCGAAGAUUUCUACAUGGACGCAAACACCGGUGAGCUGCGUACGGCCACCGUCAUGGACCGAGAGAUGACACCCACCUACAAGCUCAUUGCUCAAGCGACCGACGGGGGGGGCCUGUUCUGCCGCUCGGACAUCUCCCUCAAACUGUUAGACGUGAACGACAACGCCCCCUCGUUCUCCUCCCCUCAUUACCUGGCCAGUGUGUUUGAGAACGCAGCCCCCAAGGCCCUGCUCACCCGCCUGCAGGCCAGCGACCCCGAUGAAGGUCUGAACCGAACGGUGGUUUAUUCUCUGCUGGACUCGGUCGGCGGCUUCUUCUCCAUCGAUGCCGUGUCUGGGAUGGUGAUUCUGGAGAAGUCUCUGGACCGGGAGAGCAGAGACUCGUAUCGGGUCCGAGUCCAGGCCACUGACCAGGCCGGCCAACAGGGGGCGCUGUCCUCACAGGUUGAUUUGACCAUCCUGGUGCUGGACGUGAAUGACAACGCUCCAGUCUUCCAAAGGCGGGACUACGCCGUCACCGUCCCCGAGGACGUGGCCGUGGGAACCGCGGUGCUGCGAGUGUUGGCGACCAGCGUGGACAUCGGGCCGAACGCUGACAUCACGUACACAAUCCGGUCGGGCAACGAGAUGGGAAAGUUCAACAUCGACAGAAACCUGGGCUCCAUCUCCGUGGCCGAUGAUCUGGACUUCGAGGCGUGUAAGGACUUCUACCUCACUGUGGAGGCCUGGGACAGUGGGAACCCCCCCCUCAGCACCACCACCAUGGUCAUCAUUGAGCUCAUGGACGUGAACGACAACGCCCCGGCCUUCAGUCAGGACAUCUACAACGUGCUGGUCAGCGAGGACACGUCCGUCGGUCAGACGAUCACAAGGGUGUUGGCUGAAGAUUUGGACAGUCAGGUGAACGGGCGAAUCACGUACUCCAUCCUGAAAGGAGACCGGAGCAACCACUUCUGGAUUGACCCCGUGGCCGGACUGCUCAAAGUCAACAAGCGGCUCGACAGAGAACUGGUUUCCAGGUACUCACUGUCAGUGCAGGCGUUCGACAGCGGCUCCCCCGCCAUGUCCUCCACGGUCAUUAUCAACAUCGACAUCUCUGACGUUAACGACAACCCCCCCGUCUUCAGCCCCGCCAACUCCACAGCCGUCCUGCAGCUCAAUCAAGACCCCGGCACCACCCUGCUGACGCUGUCCGUCAGUGAUAAGGACUCCCCCAGAAACGGCCCCCCCUUUGAGUUCCGCCUCGUUUCAGGGAACGAGGGAAACUUUCUGUCCCUGGACCAGACGGGAACUCUGAGGACCAACCGGGCGAUUGGCCCCGAAGCCCCCAGAGAGUUUGUUCUGCUAAUCCAGGCGAGUGACUCCGGGAGGCCGAGUCUCACCUCCUCCUCCUGGGUGUUCCUCAGGGUCAUCGGAAACAGCCAAUACAAACCCGCGGCCUCCCCGCUGGAAAUCUUCAUAGUCAUGUUGACGGAUACAUUCCCGGGCGGCCCGAUAGGUCGGAUAUAUGCAACCGACCGGGAUCCCAGUGACGCUCUGUCGUUUACCCAGAAGCCUCAGCCCAAGAGCAUGUUUACUAUCAGCAGGCAGGAAGGCAGCAUCGUGGCUCUGCCGGGCCUGGAACCUGGCAGAUACCAGAUGAACGCCACAGUGAGUGAUGGGCGCUUCGCGGUGAUCGCCGAUGUGUCAGUCCAGGUUGAGCAGGUGACGGAUGUGCUGCUGCGUAGCGCCCUGACCUUACGCUUCAGCUCCAUGUCCCCGGAGGACCUGCUCGGUCGCCACCUGAACCAGAUCAAGCUCAAGUUACGUGGACUAUCUGGCUGGAAGUGGACACCAGGACAACAGGAUCCCCUCCAUGUUCUGGGCGUGCAGCCGGCGACGGGGACGCCCGACGUGGACCUGCUCCUGGCCAUGGAGCGGCCCGAGACGUCAGGGUUCGGACGGAUGGGCGGGUUCUACUCCCAGCAGGAGUUGGCGGCGAAGCUGGAGGACGCAGCUGUGCGGGGCCAGAUUCGAGGCGUCCUAGCCGGGGCGGUGGUGGUGAGCAGCGCCUGCUCCGGGGAGCUGGACUGUGGGGACAGGGUGUGUGAGCAGAUCCUGGUGAUGGACAGCGACUCGCCGGUGACCUACAGCACAGAGAGGGUCAGCCUGGUGUCGCCGACGUUCAGCCGCACAGACAGCUGCACCUGCCCUGAAGGAACCUGCUCCACCCCUGUGGAGCUCUGUGAAGGUCAGUCCUGUCCGGCAGACAUGCAGUGUGUCCGCACUGGUCCUACAGCGCCAUCUGUCUGCCAGUGUCAGCCUGACAGACUGGACGAGUGUGCAGGACAAACCUCCCUGAGCUUCUCUGGAAACAGUUACAUCAAGUACAGAGUGACAGAGAGCGGCCAGAGCGGCGAGAUGAGGCUCAGCCUGAGGAUCAGGACGCUUCAGAGGAGAGGAGUCAUUAUGUUCACCCGGGUUAACCCCUGCACCAUGCUCAAGAUUGAAGGGGGUCGGCUCUGGUUCCAGCUGGACUGUGACAACACCCUUGGCAUUAUGGGUAUAUCUGGCAGACCAAUAAACGACGGCCUCUGGCACGCUGUUGCCUUGGAGCUGACGAGGAACUACACCCUCCUGUCGCUGGACGACAGCUAUGUGGAGCGCCGCCGAGCAGCCCGAGCACCUGUUCGGCUUUGGCCCCUGGCCCCGGACUCCUCCUUCUUCUUCGGGGCCCAAGUGAGGCCACCGGCUGGGCAAGGUGAGGGGCCGAGUCCAGGGCCAGGGAGCGUCCAGGGAGGAGGGCCGGGACUCGGAGCGAGGGGCACGCCGAGGGCCCAGGACGGCUUCCAGGGCUGCCUGGCCUCUCUGAUGCUGAACGGUAACGAGCUGCCGCUGCAGAACAAGAGGAGCCGCUACGCCGAGAUCGCCGGGCUGAGCGAGGUCAAGCUGGGCUGCGUGCUCUACUCAGAUCCAUGCGUCAGUCAGCCCUGCCUCAACGGAGCCAUCUGCAGCAGCCUGCCCUCUGGAGGCUUCAUGUGCAGUUGCAGCGCGGGCUUCACUGGGGGGCGCUGUGAAGUUGAGUUGACGUCCUGUAUGCCGAACCCCUGCCAGAACGGAGGAGAGUGCAGGCCAGCCGGGGGGGCUUUCCUCUGUGCUUGUCCUCGAGGACUCGGGGGACUUGUAUGUGACGAGGACGUUGACGAGUGCGACCGGGACGAGUGCGGUGACGGAGGCGAGUGCGUCAACACGUUCGGGUCGUUUUACUGCAACUGCUCCGAGGGGCAGCUCUGCUCCGACCAGACGGCCGAUGAUGAUGAGGAGGACGACACGCAGGCGGAGCCGCUGUCUUACGUCGGACCAGGAGAGAUAAUCGGCAUCGGGGUCUUAGCCUUCGUCAUCAUCCUCCUCCUCGUGCUGUUCAUCGCUUUCAGGAAAAAAAUCAAAUUCCGUAAAGACUCAGACGUGGACCCGGCGACUCAAGCUGUGAUGGGCGUCUCAGCCAUCUCCACAGAAACCAGCUACAUGCUGCACAAGACCGGCAUGGGGGCCGAAGGGAUCGAAUUCAAAGCCGUGCGCUUGUCGGGGUCACCGGGGACCACGAGCACCUACGGGGAGGUGGGCGGCGGCUCUGGAGGCCCUCCUCAGGUCCUGGUGCGUCCCACCGCCCACUCUCCACUGCCGGGGGGGCUCAGCAGCCAGAGCAUGAGGGGCGGAGACGGGGACAGGACCAGUGAGGGCAGUCAGCUGAGCAGCUUCCUCUCCGACAUGUCCAGCAUCCGAGGCGUGGCCACCAGGAGGGGCAUCGCCGUGUGCAGCGUGGCGCCCAAUCUCCCGCUGGCAUCGGCGUGCCACUCCGAGCUCAGCCCCGCCCACAAGGUGUCCUGGGAGGGCGAGGACACGAGGGGCGAGGGGCCGGAGAGGGGGAGAGACGAGCGAGAGGAGGAAUGGGGGCAGAGGGCUUUUCAGUUGGAGAGAACACAGAGAGAUAACAGUCCACAGGACGUGUCGGAGCUGCUGGACGACCUGGCCUGUCUCUCAGACUCCACCUCUGAUGAUCACUCACUCAGCUCCUACACCUCAGAGUCAUUUGAUGACAACGCCUCCAUAGUGACAGUGAUACGUCUUGUCAAUGAUGCCGUGGACGAUAUUGAAAGUGAAGUGUCAAACAUGGACAAAGAACAGCAGCGGAACAGCCCUGCGUAUCUCUGGGAGUCCUCCAGCCAGCAAUCCAGCUGGCUGUCGCCAUCACGUCUGCGUCCACCAGAGGUGGGAUCCAUCUACGACCUCAGUGAUACCCAGCAGAACGUCAGACGGGGGGGCAGCACACGCUCCCUCCAGCUGGACUCCAGAGUGGUGGGCUUCAGCGAGGACACGGGCCGAGAGCAGGGAGAGGAGAGCGGGAGGAGGGCCUUCCAGUGGGAGAGGAAUCAGACCGGUGAGUGGGAGAGGAAACGCAUCCUGGACAGAGAUGAGAAGAGGAGGCAGGACGGGGACGGACAGAACACGGGCAACAGGAGCAGAGACAUGGGGGGGCAGCAGGAGCACAGAGACGACAGCUGCGAAGGCGGCUCCUCGCCUGUUUAUGAGGAGUACCGAGAGUGCAGCCACGAGCCAGAGCAGCGGGAGGACUCAGAGAGCCUGUAUGACACUCUACCCCCGACCAGGCGGGCCUACGAAGGAUACCCAUCGAGCCCCGCGGGCCUCAACCUGCACCCGGCUCAACUUCUGCCCCCCCUGAGGGCGUGGGAUUUACAGACAGGGGAGUUGAGCGACUCUCAGGAGGAGAAUCGUGCCGGGCUGGACUCCGGCGGUCUGGCCGGUUCCGGGGACGAGCUGGAGAGACUUCUGAACCUGGUGUCGCUCCGGGCCAGGAGAGCCACGAGAACAAACAGAGCGUCCACCGGAUCUGAACCCACAGCAAACUGGGAUGGAUUCAAAUGA